CCCUCUAUCAGUUGCGAACCAUCGCUUUUGUCGAACGGUCAUUAUGCUCAAGUAUUUAGUUUCUAUAAAAUAAAUUAGUAAAAUUAUAAAAAAUGCAGAGGUUUUUAGCUCGCGGGGUUGUGAGUAAUGUUACUCUGGAAAGUCUUCAGAGAAGUUUUGGAAAGGAGGUAGUGUUGAGAAAUGGCGUGCGAUGUGUGAUGACACAGAGCACGAAAUCCGACAACUUGUUCCCUGAGAGAGUGGACUUCCCCAGUAGACAUAUCGGCCCACGUGAUCAUGAUAUCGUCACUAUGUUGGAUCUUCUAGGUUACAAGAGCUUGGAUCAGCUGACUAAAGAUGCGGUCCCAGAAAAAAUUCAGCUACGAGGACUCAUGGAUAUUAGUGACCCGAUGAGCGAAUACGACCUUAUUGAGAGAGUACGGAAAAUAGCAGAGAACAAUCAAAUAUGGCGGUCAUACAUCGGUAUGGGAUAUCAUAACUGUUGCGUUCCUCACACCAUAAUGAGGAAUUUAUUCGAGAACCCUGGCUGGACCACUCAAUACACACCAUACCAACCAGAAGUAGCCCAAGGGAGACUGGAAAGUCUUUUAAAUUAUCAAACUAUGGUUAGCGACCUUACCGGCUUGGACGUGGCCAACGCAUCAUUACUCGACGAAGGCACCGCAGCAGCCGAAGCCUUGUCUCUUUGUCAUAGGCAUAACAAACGAACCAAGUUUGUGGUAUCGGAACGUCUUCACCCUCAAACAUUAGCCGUGGUACAAACUCGGUUGGACGCUCUGGGUCUGGAAGUGAUCGUAGUACCUGAUGUUCGCCAGAUGGACUACGCACAAAGAGACAUUUCUGCCGUACUGCUGCAAUGCCCUGAUACGAGGGGGCUGGUGUAUGACUACUCCGGUUUAACAGCUGUCGCCCAUGAACAUGGAACUUUAGUUGUAGUAGCAACAGACCUGUUAGCGAUGGCUCUACUUCGCCCACCAGCGGAAUGUGGAGCAUCCCUCGCAGUAGGCACUUCCCAAAGACUAGGAGUCCCCCUAGGGUAUGGAGGACCACAUGCCGGGUUCUUCGCUGCAGAACAUGCGUUAGUUCGCCUUAUGCCUGGCAGAAUGGUUGGUGUAACCAGAGAUGCUACAGGAAGAGACGCCUACAGGUUGGCAUUACAAACUCGAGAGCAGCACAUACGUCGAGACAAAGCUACGUCCAAUAUUUGUACUGCCCAGGCGCUCCUAGCCAAUAUGUCGGCUAUGUUUGCAGUUUAUCAUGGACCUCAAGGUUUGAGAGAUAUUGCGUCCAGAGUUCAUAAUGCUACUUUGGUGCUGGAUCAUGGAAUAAGACAGCGUGGACAUAAACAGUCCAACGACGUGUACUUCGAUACUCUACACGUCGUUCCACUAUCUGAACAUGAUGCGAAUGCCAUCAAACAACGAGCACAAGAAAAGAAGAUUAAUCUGCGCUACUUCGAAGAUGGCGCGGUCGGAGUAGCUUUAGACGAGACCACCACUAUGCAAGAUGUUGAUGAUUUACUGUGGAUAUUUGACUGCCAGCCUGUCAAAAAUGUAAUGGAAAGCGGUGACGUUAGAUCACGUAGUAUACAGCAGGGGCCAUUCCGUAGAACAUCUCCUUACCUCACACAUCCAGUAUUUAAUAUGCAUCAUUCUGAAACGAAGCUUGUGCGUUACAUGAAACGAUUGGAGAACAAAGAUAUAUCUUUAGUGCAUUCAAUGAUACCUUUGGGAUCGUGCACAAUGAAAUUGAAUUCGACGACAGAAAUGAUGCCGUGUUCUUUCAAACACUUCACGGACAUCCAUCCAUUUGCUCCAUUGGAUCAGUGUGAAGGUUAUCAUACUCUAUUCGAAGAGCUUGCCAGUGACCUUUGUGCUAUAACUGGCUACGAUAGAGUUUCAUUCCAGCCAAACAGUGGAGCUCAAGGAGAGUACGCGGGGUUGCGAACCAUCAAAAGCUAUCACGAAUUCCAUGGUGACAUGGGUCGCAACAUUUGCCUUAUUCCCGUGAGCGCCCACGGUACUAACCCUGCGUCCGCGCAUAUGGCUGGUAUGAAGGUUUGCGCUAUCCGUGUCACACCAUCUGGAGAAAUUGACAUGGAACAUUUGAAAGACAAGGUGGAGGAACACAGUGAGAAGUUGUCAUGCCUCAUGUUGACGUAUCCAAGCACAUUCGGAGUGUUUGAGGAACGCGCAGCUGACGUCUGCGAAUUGGUGCAUAAGCAUGGAGGACAGGUUUAUCUAGAUGGUGCUAACAUGAACGCCCAAGUAGGAUUAUGUCGUCCAGGGGAUUACGGCAGUGAUGUAUCUCAUCUUAAUUUGCACAAGACAUUCUGUAUACCACAUGGCGGUGGUGGUCCUGGGAUGGGUCCCAUUGGAGUCAAGGCUCACUUGGCACCAUUCCUGCCAUCACAUCCUGUAGUUGAUCCACUCGCUGAUUUAGGUGAAAAGGCUCACAGUUUCGGAUCUGUCAGUGCUGCACCGUUUGGGUCUUCAGCUAUCCUUCCUAUUUCGUGGGCGUACAUCAAAAUGAUGGGUCCGAAAGGCUUGAAACGAGCUACGCAAGUGGCUAUUUUAAAUGCAAAUUAUAUGUCGAAAAGAUUAGAAGGACACUAUAAGACUUUAUACAAGGGUGACCGAGGACUUGUCGCUCACGAAUUCAUCAUUGACGUGCGAGAUCUGAAGAAAAGUGCUAACAUUGAACCUGGUGAUAUUGCCAAGCGUCUUAUGGAUUUCGGUUUCCAUGCGCCUACAAUGUCCUGGCCAGUCGCAGGCACUCUGAUGAUUGAACCAACAGAAUCUGAAGACUUACAAGAGCUAGACCGAUUUUGUGAAGCUAUGAUAACUAUAAGAAAGGAAAUUAAAGAUAUCGAAGACGGCGUUAUGGAUAAGCGAGUGAAUCCCUUAAAGAUGGCACCACAUACACAACAAGAAGUUAUAUCCGAAGACUGGAAUCGUCCUUACACUCGAGAGCAAGCUGCGUUUCCUGCUCCGUUCGUUAAAGGUGAGACGAAGAUUUGGCCAACAGUUGGACGUAUCGACGACAUGUACGGCGACAAACAUCUUGUAUGCACCUGCCCUCCUGUGCUUGAUGACUUUUAAAAUAUACACUACCUAAAUACCUGUCUGUACAUUAAGUACAGACAGGUAUUUGAAGUAAAGGCCUUUGGCUGACACCAGGGUUGAAGAGGUUAGUAAUGUACCUCAACCCACACAAUAAAAAAAGAUGAAGUAAAACACGUCAGAAGCGGUUGCGUAAUGUAUGUAUAUUUUGUCAAUAUUGUCGUAGAAUAAAUAUCGUUAUUUAACAACAAAA